GGUAAACGCAAGACGGCUGCCGUACGCCUAGGUCGCUUCGGACCUAGGAUAGGACCAGCGGUGGUCAUCCCGCUUCGGACCUAGGACCAGCGGUGGUCAUCCGGCGCUGUACCUGAUCCCGCUGUCAUGAGGGGUUCUCUCAGCCGACUGCUCUUUGCAUACGACUGAGGAAUACCUGCAGCUUUCGCACCCUGACCUGAAAUGGUCGACUCCGUAAGCUUGCUGUCGCUCCUGCUAAGCUGCGUAUCCCUUGCUUGGAAUGUCUACAACUGGUUGACUGAACGCAAGCAGCUCCAAUCCAGCAAUAAGGCAAGCGUGUAUCGGGACUACGAGGAAGUGGUGAUUCACACGAAUUACCUGGCCAUGUAUCUGCAGCAGCUGCGGGCACGGUUUCGUCUCGAUCCAGAUUUGCCGGAAAGGUUUGGCCAAGGCGAGGAAGGCGUGCUAAACUACAUUGCGAACCAGGAGAUCCCUGAGACGAUGGAAGAAGCAGGAGCGAACGAGGAAGCUUCGGCCAUUAUCCGAAACCGGUGGAUGGAGGUCAAGGCCCACUUGAUGAGGUCCGAACUCUUUUGGGAUCGCAUCAUUAAAAUGACAGACGAGGGCACGCUGCCGCGCGACAUGUUGCGUGAUGGUGGCUGGAGAGCCAGGGCGCUGAACUUCGCCAAUUUGGCCGAGCCCUUUGCAACAACCAUUGGUCGGGCGGUAUUGGGGGAUAAUUUUAAGAGAAAACGUAUCUACAAGUGGGCUGAGAAGGAGAGGUAGAACUCAAAUUGAUCUGGAUACUUUCACCAUUGUUCGGGUGUUAUGGGUAGAAUACAGCUAGCAGUGAGGGUAUCUAGCAGUGCAGUGUGGUUACACCCCAUUGACAUGUAUGCCUUUGAAAGGAUUGAAAGGAUUCCAGAUGGCGGCAAGCUGGUUAGUACCCCCAAGGUGAGCAAGAGCAUGUCUUGUGGACACAACCUAGAUAGCUGGUGCCGACAGCUGGCUGGGAGCCAAUUUGGGAUGUUGUGCAAUGAUGAUUACUAGGCUUGAGGUAGUCAUCGUAUGGAAUGUUGUUUGUCGUGUGACUGUUAUCAUGAUGGCCAGAAGUGGUUUUGGCAACACCAAAUUGAUAUCAAAGAUCUGUAGGCCCGUGGCGGCCACCAUUGACAGUUAGGAUAGUUUGAAUCCGGGUUGGCUGUGGAUACAGCUGCAUGAACGUUUGGGUGUAAUCCCAUUUGCUGGCGUUGGAAUUCGACCCCCAUACGGAUACCAUGGAACAAAAUCCUGUUAUACAUGGAGGUUGGUUUCUGCUGUGCCACUUCCUGGCUACACAGCAAGGGGCAUAGGCAGACCAACAAGGGGGUUCAGCUUCCUCAAAAGGGCGGAGCCCCUCCUCUUCAGUACAGGAACGUAUUAUUACCAUUGGAAUGACUGCGACUAUUACAGGGGAGUCAGAACGACUUUAGGGCCUUUUAGACCUGGAAUGGCACGGCAUGGGCUCCUGUGGUGCCAGUUGACGGCACCAGUUGACUUAACUCACCUUGAGAUACGGACGCUGAACCCCCUUGUUCACUGUAGUUGGAGUGUUCGUGUUUGUUGCAUGGCUAGACAAGCUCAGAGUCCCUUGUCCAGCCGAGGCUGGCCGCCAUGGCAUACAUAGUGCGUGUCCUCACUCAUUCUUGUUAGGUUACGCCUGUUCAAUCGAGUACUCAGAACGUCUUAUCAUGCUUGAUACUUAGCCCUUGGCCCGUUUUGUUUCUUAGGCAACUUUAGGUGUAUUGUGUAGCAAGUACAAAAACACGGGCACUUGCAGCAAUCAUGGUAUGGUAUGAAGCAAACUUAAGGGCGCAUAGUACAUGGCAGUUGAUGGUGACGAUAGAUAGGAGAAAGAGGGGCGCUUGCGCAUGCCUUGUCAGCUUUGCUAGCCCACGGCAUGGGGGCCAAGUAAAGGCUAGCUGGGGGACUUGCACUCCUGGGAAGGGUACCGUUUCGGGGGCAAGGGGGGCCUCGUGGCUUGCACGGCCUCUCGAGCAACGCAUUCGGAGACUCUAUGGGGGGUGUAAAAAGAAAAACUCUCUAG